AUGCACCAAAAUAUUAAGUAUCACGCUAAAAAUAAGUUGGUAUUGAUAGUUAAAGAAGAUAAUCGUGAAUCGUCGGAAAUGAAUGCACUUGUCUACGAAGGAUAUAUCUUAUCAUUCCAUCAGUCUGUUUUCCGUGUAACGUCUACUAUGUCUACUAUUGAUCUCUUAUCUUUAAUAUCUGCGAAUAAUGAAUUUUUGCAUGAUUUUUCGUUGACUUUGUAUUUUGAUAAAAUAAAAAAAAAACGCGUUAUAAUGACAUUUAUUCAAAAACAAAAGCCUAUUUCUCUAUCUAAUGCAUUAGACUCUUCUUCACUUUCCUUUACGAUAUUACCUAGUCCUUUUCAAACAGUUUUAAUUAUUAGUGCAGAACAACUUCAACAAGCCUCACAAAGAGUCACCGAAAUUGACAAUGAAGUGCGAAAUGCCGAAAUUAAACGCACGUUAAUUCAAGAAAUUUCCAAGCAACAAAAGGCCGAGUAUUCAAACAUCAUGGCGGACCUAAUUCCGUUAUACGCAAAAAUCAAUCAUUUAAUUCCUUUACAUUUCAUUAUUACCAAGAAUAGCGAUAUAGCAGCUCGGAAGCUUUUAACAAUGAAAUAUCUAAUCCAACAACAAUUCAUAGCGCUACCUGAUGAGCAUUAUUUCUUAAAUCUUGAUGAGUUACAAAAACAUAAAGAAUUACUUCAAGAACUCGAAAAAUAUGAACCAGCGAUAGAAAAAUUGGAUAAAUCAGGAGGAUACGCAGCACUCAACAUUCAAUUUAAUUCAAAGAAAGAAGAAACAACACUUGAUAACUUUGAACAGAACAUAGAAGAUGACGCGUCGAAUAACGUUCCAACCCUUCCUCCAUUGAGAUCAGGAUCUAGCGCUCUUGCGAAAUUUCUUUCAUUAAUUGAAGAUGACACGUUUGAUGAACUUACAAACCGUGUAGGUGACUUGGCUAUUCCGGCUAAGAACAUUAAGAACAUUUAA